CCAGCCCAGCCCGGCCGCCCCGUCCCGCCCCGGUGCCCGUGCGCCCGGGUCGGGGUUUAAAGCCGGUGCGGGGCGGCUCUGGCGGUGUCGGUGCGGGCUCCUCUCCUCUCCUCUCCUUUCACCUCCCGUCCCGUCCCAUCCCGUCACCAUGCCGCUCGCCGCCCUUCUCCUCGGCGCCUUCCUGCUCUGCGGCCCCGUGCGCGGGAGCGACGGCUCGGUUUCCACUGCUAUCACAUGCUUUACAAGAGGACUUGACCUUAAAAAGGAGACAGAAGAAGUCCUUUGCCCAGCAAACUGUCCUCUGUGGCAAUUCUACGUCUUUGGGGAUGGAGUCUAUGCCUCCCUUUCCAGUGUCUGCGGAGCUGCCAUACACAGAGGGGUGAUCACCAACGCAGGAGGACCUGUAAAGGUACAGACUCUCCCAGGACAGGAAAGCUACCCUGCUGUAAAUGCCAACGGGAUCCAGUCUCAAGUGCUUACUAGAUGGGCUUCAUCUUUCUCAGUGACUCCUACCAAGAAUGUUGCACUUGAAGUAGUGGGACGAUCAGUAUCAACAGCACGUCCUUCUACAGGCAAAAGACCUAAGAAGCCCCUUGACAAAAAGGCUGGGAACAAAGACUGUAAAGCUGAUAUUGCAUUUCUCGUUGAUGGAAGUUACAACAUUGGCCAACGUAGAUUUAAUCUGCAGAAAAACUUUGUUGGAAAAGUAGCAGUGAUGUUGGGAAUUGGAACAGAAGGGCCUCAUAUUGGAGUCGUACAAGCCAGUGAACAUCCAAAAAUUGAAUUCUAUCUGAAAAACUUCACUGCUGCAAAAGAAGUUUUGUUUGCCAUAAAGGAAUUAGGGUUCAGAGGAGGCAAUUCUAAUACAGGGAAAGCUUUGAAACACACCGCUCAGAAAUUCUUCUCUUUGGAAAAUGGAGCACGCAAAGGAAUACCCAAAAUCAUUGUAGUGUUUCUAGACGGCUGGCCCUCAGAUGAUAUAGAAGAAGCUGGUAUAGUGGCCAGAGAAUUUGGAGUCAACGUAUUCAUUGUAUCUGUAGCAAAACCUACAGCAGAGGAGCUAGGAAUGGUACAAGACAUUGGUUUUGUUGACAAAGCUGUCUGUCGAAAUAAUGGCUUCUUCUCUUACAACAUGCCCAGCUGGUUUGGUACCACCAAAUAUGUAAAACCCCUUGUCCAAAAGCUGUGCUCACAUGAGCAAAUGUUGUGUAGUAAGACAUGCUACAACUCUGUCAACAUAGCCUUCUUGGUAGACGGCUCUAGCAGUGUUGGAGACAGCAACUUCCGCCUUGUGCUUGAAUUCAUCAGCAACGUUGCGAAGGCUUUUGAGAUCUCUGAUAUUGGUUCCAAAAUUGCCACUGUGCAGUUCACGUAUGAUCAGCGCACUGAGUUCAGCUUCACAGACUACACCACAAAAGAAAAGGUCCUCUCCGCUAUCCGGAGCAUUCGCUACAUGAGUGGUGGCACUGCUACUGGUGAUGCCAUUUCUUUCACAACCAGAAACGUAUUUGGGCCAGUAAAGGAUGGGCCUAACAAAAAUUUCCUUGUUAUUUUGACUGACGGUCAGUCUUACGAUGAUGUUAGAGGACCUGCUGCUGCUGCACAAAAAGCAGGAAUAACAGUCUUCUCUGUUGGUGUUGCCUGGGCACCUCUGGAUGAUCUGAAAGACAUGGCUUCUGAACCAAGAGAUUCUCACACUUUCUUCACCAGGGAGUUCACUGGACUGGAGCAGAUGAUUCCUGAUAUUAUUCGAGGAAUCUGUAAAGAUUUUUUGGACUCUAAACAAUAAAGCAAAAAUCUGCUGUUGGAUAUUACUUUUCUGACACUAAAGAUAUAUGAAGCUGAAAUGGUCCCUCUAAAGUGCAGAUGGUUUAUUCUUACAUAUGCUGUCCUAGUGUAAGGGAUGAAGAAGGGCUACUUCUCGUAGUCAGUAAAGGAUUCGUGUGAGCUUGUUAUAAAUUGUACUUGAUAGGGAGAAGCAGAAUUUGGCAAACAGCUAUUAUUACUUUCAAUACAUUUAUAGUAGCCCAAGUUUAAAGCUAAGCAUAUUGCACACUUAACGCUAUCACAGAGCAGCAGAGUAAACAAUACAGCUCUGACAUUUUUGCUGUCACUUACUAGAUGUCUUCUUACAAGAUAAACAUAAUAUAACUUUAAAUACACAGUACUACCUGUCUUCUAGAAGCCUUCUGUAGCUUAUGACUCUGUCUCUCUUCAAGGAGUUCUCUUGAUAGUGUGAAGUACUCUCAGUGCUUCAGUUGUGCAACGUCCAUUAUUGCCAGGCAGCUUAAGAAGAGGCAUGACAGAUUGUGGCUAAAGAGUCUGUUUUACUAGUUGAGAUUUUGCUGUGGUGAACGAUAGUGCCAUCUGCUUAGUAAAGUUUACACCAAAAGACAUUUAACUUAUACCCACAGCUUUCUGUGGAUUUAU